CUUUGCCCCUCGUGUGGAUAAAAUGUAACUUUCUCAUUUAUUUUUGAACAAUUAAGAGUAGCUUUACCAUUGGUGUGGUAUAAAUAAUAAAAUUACUUAGAUCAUUUUCGCGUUGCCUACUCUAGUCAAAAUUGAGCGAAUGGAAAACUUAUUACGUCGCAACUGAACGUAACAUUUCCAGGUAAAAGGAGAUCGUCAACUAAAGAAAGUAAACAUACCCUUGAAAAAAUGUCAUAUAAAAUUAGAAAAGCAACGUAAGCAGAUAUUCAAAAUUGAAAAGAGCGAUUCGCUAGGAAAACUCCAGCUAACCUGUUAAUGACCUGUUGUUUUAUCGCAAAAUUGGGGUAAAAUCUUAGGGGGCCUCAGUUCUCUGCAUUAGUAAAUACCGGGGUUUGAAAAUCGAUGGGGGGGAGGGGAGCCGCGCGCGUGCGUUGAGACGCGCGGCGUCGCGUGUUGCCGUCGGGCCGCCGCCGCCGCCGCACGCCGGUAACAGGUCCGACUUGUUGCGAAGUCUGGCCCACCUGUUAACUGAUGGAGGCCCCGUGAACCCUGAGCGUGGGCCGCGAUGCCGCGCUGUUACAUGGUGAAGAAGAGCAACCAGCGCCAUGACGGACCUCCCCCGUGCAGCCCCACCGAGGCCACCGUAGCGCCGCCGUGCUACAGCCCGGCCGAGGACCCCGCGCUCACUGAGCCUCGCACCGCCGAGUAUGCGGAGCUGGGCAGCGGGCCGGUGCAGGAGCGCACGGCGGCCGACACCGAGGCCGCGCACGAGCUGCUCUCCCUCGCGCAGAGCGUGCCGCCGCUGCCGCCACUCCCGCCGCCGCUGCCUCCCGCCGUGGUCACCGUUAUCGAGCCCACCCCCGCACCGCUCCUUCCACUAUACACGUACACCAUACAACCCACUAACAUAUACAUCAUCGCCGAAGAACCACCGCUCCCCGUCUACACGACUGUUCAAGCCGUAGCGCCGUUUGAGUUCACUGGCAUCGAACCGCAACUCAACUACAUAACUUACCAGCCGCCACCUUGCGAACCACCACCUCCACCUCCUCCUCCGCCACCGCCACCGCCGGAACCAGAAGAAGAUCGUCCACCGACCCCUCCGCCAAAGGGGCGAGCGAAAUACGACUGCGAUGAAUGUGGUAAGCGAUAUGCGACUUCUUCCAACCUGUCGCGACAUAAGCAGACGCACCGCAGUCUUGACUCGAUGCUGGCGAAGCGAUGCAACGAGUGCGGGAAGGCCUACGUGUCGAUGCCUGCCCUGGCUAUGCAUGUGCUGACGCACCGAAUGGGACACGAGUGCAGCGUGUGUGGCAAACAGUUCUCACGACCGUGGCUACUCCGCGGGCACUUACGUUCUCACACCGGAGAGAAGCCGUAUCGCUGCGCGUCCUGCGGCAAGGCGUUCGCGGACCGAUCCAACCUGCGGGCGCACCUGCAGACGCACUCCUCCGACAAGCAGUACCAGUGCUGCCGCUGCCGGCGCUAUUUCGCGCUCAAGAGCUAUCUCAACAAGCACCUGGAGACGUCCUGCCUCCCUCGCGGGGAAGGUCCCUGAGCGAGAGACGCGAUUUAUGCAACGAAAGUUUCUCUAUGAACUUCUUUACACCUUUGUAUUCAAAAUUAAAGUAGCGGCUCGUAGUUUCGACGGCGUCGAAAGAAAAAUAAGCAAUAAUAACGUACCUAAUAACGAUAGGGCUCUUUCCAUAAUUCUAAAUUUAAAAAGUAUAUAUAUAUAUUUUUCAAUUAUUAGUCCCGAGUCGGAAUCGUGUCAAUUUAUGGCAAGAGCCUAUAUGUUACAGUAGUGUAAUAUUUACACGUUAAUGUAUAGUUAAGUUAGCGUCGCAUGGGUGGUGUGACACUUAGAUAGUAGUUACGGUGAUACGUAGAGACUUAAUGAAACCGUCGAGCUGUGGUACUAAGAGAGCAAUAAAGUAAAGAGCGUAGAGUGCCAGUGAUAGGCGAUAGGCGACGCACGAGUAGCGUGCGAGGCGUAGCGAGUAGCUUAGCGAGUAGCGGCCCGAGAGGACCAAACUGUUGCUCGGGCGCUGCCGCCAACCGCACCCGCGCCCGCGUCUGCACCCGCCCCGCCCGCGCCCGUCACCUCCCCGCUGACGCUCGCGACCUCAAGCAAGGCUGGUGGCGUGUUCGGGACCGCGGACGCGGCCGCUGCGAGCGAACGCCGCUUUGACUUAACCGUGGACAUCACACUUCAAACACAUUGUUUUGCAACUUGCUCUUACACUGCUCACUCAGUCUUAAUAAACUUUGCAAGGUUAGGAGUAUAUAGGGAUAAACACGACCAAUUUUAAAGGUAUAAAAACACGUACCUGUAAGUCCAGCGUUUAGUAGUCGGCGCACGGCUAUUAGAACUCGCUCGCUUCAACCACCAGUUGCAACUCCAUUUGGCUUGCAGAAUGCUCUGAAUGUGCAUGAAAUGAAAAGCGCUCACCAUUAUAGUACUCUCAUUGAUUUCUCGUUUAAAAUUAACCGAUAUGAAAAUGUAUCGGUUAAUAAAAAUGUACACCACAAUAUUACCUCUUUGUAAAUUCCAGAAUGUAAAUAUUGGACAUAAAAGCAGCUUAAAUUAUUAAAUGUGUUGUAAAAUGUCGCUCAUAUUUUGGUGCGGUUAAAGCGAGCGCUCCGUCAGGGAUGCGGGUCGUGUCUAAAAUGCCGUGAGAAUCGCAAAGAAAAUAUAAGACGACUUUGCUGUUAUGAAGUCUAAUGUUUAUGAUCGGAUACGAUGCAGUCGUAGGGUGAGACAAUUCUCACAUCGUCUAUAGGGAAACGUCACAAACCUCGAACCUCGGUACCAUUUAAGUUUAAAACACUUUCAUGCAUUCAAGUUUUAUUUCAGGAGACAAGUGCAUGCUGUUGGUACUUGGUACGUAAUGCAUGCGUUUUUCCAAAUUGCAGAUCGACGUAUGUACAGGUAAACUAAGACGAGUUUUGAAAUGCGGGUUUUGAAAGAAAAGUAUUUUUAUAGAAAAUUGAAAUUUUACGUGAAUAUUGAAUAUUUCACAUUGUCAUUCCUUUGGCAUUUGUUAGGCUUAAGUAUACAAUAUGUUAAAUACUAGCACAUUUGCAGGCACUCGCGUGUUGUAAGCACCCACAGUCAGCAGAGACGAUUAUUAAAUCCCCAUUUUCGAUAUGACAAUAUACAUACAAGACGGACAACAAUAUAUUAUGAACACAUUACAUAACCGUUCAUAAAGCAUAGUUCAUAUAGAAUUGGUACGCACUAGAAAAUUGUUAUUUUUUAAAGUUAAUAGAAUAAGAAAGUUAUGAAUGGUGAAUUUUAAAUACUAAUACUAAUGUAGCUUUCAAAAAUGUAUAAAUUAAAAAAAAAACUGUUUUAUGUAAGUAAUUACGAACUGUUUUCAUAAUGGACCCCCGUCAUUUUCUGCACAACACUUUUGUCGACAUUUUUGGCGUGUUGAUUUCUUGUAGAUCGCAAUGAAUUGAUACCCUGGACAAUUUGACUAGUCAUGUUUAAUUUUUUUUUUCAUGAUUGCCCAGUAGUUUCUGAUAGAUUAAAAUUGGGGAUAAUUCGAAGGAUUCAUCUCGCGGGGUAUGUAAUUGGCCUGAUUAUUAGCAUACUUUUUUUUGAGUAGUGGCAGCUGGCUAAAUCUGGCCAACACUUCACAGGACCGUUAUGGGUUCUGAUAAAUGGCAAUACUCAUUUGUCUAAGCACUCUUUAAUAUAAAGGUCCGACUUCAUUGUUGACUAUGUUAUAAAACGUUUCGUCUUACAGACGCAAUUAUAAAUUCCUUGCCAUAUCGUAUGUUUUUUUGCGAACUUGUCAAGUUUCACGAACUUAUAUUUUUCGGGUAAAUUACCUCUAUUAUUGGCCAUAUAAAACUUCGAACCGAGUAGUUGAUUAAAAUCGAGUUUUACAUACGUCUUUUCAUCCAACAACAAGCAAACUU